AUGGCCGCUGCAUCGGGGAACUUUGAGGAGAGAUGGUCCACCGAGCUCUGCGGAGGGCGUUUGUACCACUUCUCCUGGCUGGGGGAUCGUCUGGUUCGGGUGUGGACGCCCCCGGGCUGGAGUAAAGGGAAAGUGCCGAAAGCUUUGUGGCUCAACGAUGGUCAAAACUUGUUCCGAGAUGAAGAGGCUUUUGGUGGUGCUUCCUGGGGUGCGGCUGGUACAGUUGCACACCUCAUUAGCUGCGGGGCCAUCCCCGAAAUUCUUGUUCUGGGCAUCGACCAUUCCGGCAGGAUGCGGACUUUCGACUAUCUGUCAGUGCCGCCGACUGGCUGGGACGCGCCCUGGGGCAAGGGAAUGCGCGGUGACAUGUGGGACGCACCUGGCGGAGGAGUUGACGCCUACAUGGAGAUGCUAGUUAGUGAAGUCAUCCCAUGGGCCCAAAGCCAUUUUGGAUUGUCUGAGGCGCCCGAAGAUCAGGUCUUCGGGGGGUCUUCCUUUGGAGGUAUCUGCGCACUCUACAUGGCGAGAAGCUACCCUCGCGCCUGGGCCGGCUUCCUUGUAGAAUCCCCGUCUUUCUGGGCGGGCAACGGCCGCUUUAUGGAAGAUGUAAAAACAUGGCAAUCGAGCAAGAUCUACCCGGAUCGUAUGUAUUUGGCCAUGGGUGAGUUCGAGUACACCGGAUUUCGUGGAACCGACAGACCAGGCAGCUUGGAAUGUGAUAGAUUCCUGCGAGAGGCCUGUGAGGAAUGUGCAGGACAUCUUCGCCCUCACAUUGGCUCAGGCCUGCUUUCUUUCCUGGAGCCCGGCGGUCGGCAUAACGAGCGCGACUGGGGGCGGCGCUUUCCCUGUGCACUGCGGUGGCUCUUCGGGCUCCCGAGCUCAUCUCCCCAGCAAAUCUGGACAAGGCUCCAGGGUUUUAGAGUGUAG